AUGGAAAGUCUAUUGGAGCCCGUCAAGACCACCCGCAACCUGCAGAAUAGCAUCAAUAACCUCGAAGCCCUGUCGCUAAGGGAACCAGUGCCUGCAUCACGCACAGCCACUGGCAAACCCAAGAUAUCUGUGCUCGACAUCACAACAGAGACCAGCGACAACGCAAGCGAUACAUUUAGUCUCCGUCCAUCGACUGAGACGUCUAUAGGUUCGACAUCUGCAGAGACACAAAAGACGAAUCAUAAGCGUCUCGACUCCACUGCAUUCCUUCGAAAGAGUUACUUGGACAAAGCCCCCCAAGCCUCCCUACCAGAUGAUGCGCUUGAGAUUCUGAAGAAUCAGCCAAAUACUGAAGACCUGGCAGCGGUUCUACAGUAUCUCCAGUAUGGCAUUGAAGGGAGACAUGACUUCAAUAUCCACGUCCCCGGCCCGAAGGCUUCCCAGAUCAUCAACGUACUUGUCACCAUCACCAUCCCUGAUCAAUGGCUUCAUCUGCGACAAUCUACUCUUUCGAGGACAAAUACGCAGCUCAGACGCCUCUCUUCUCUCACCACCAGUCAAGAUCGGUCAGUUAUGGAAGAUACUGUUGCUGUAUUAUCGUCAAUCCUCGCUGGCAACAUGAUUAUAUCAAAAUUUCUAUCCCAUGCUACUAGAACUAUUCCCACAGAUACACAGCGCCGCGUAUUCUGGCAAGAGGCGACAGCUCUACUUGCAGGCAGCAAGAUCCUCACAUCCAUGUCUCAAGUCCUUGCCACGAUUCGGGAUCUGGAUGGGCUAGGAGAGAAUGAGAAAUGGCUUGGAGACGGAAACGAGUACUCAAGAUGGCUUGGAUGCAAUAUUUCGACCGCCGCAAUGAGCAUCAAUGCAUCACCCGGUUCCAAUACUCAAGAGAUGAGCCUUCUCUGCCUGGUUCUGAAGAGGGGGCUUAAUCUUGGGUAUCGUGAUACACUCAUCAGCGAGCUCUACAACUCACUACUGCUUGGUAAACGAGCGUUGUGGACUCCAAUGCACAUGUUGGUCCAGGGUCUCCCAAACUACGACCAAAAGGUUCUCUUUGAUACCGUCCUGCGAGACCUUGCACGGAGAUCUUUCGGAAGCGGAGCAAGUAUUUUGGAACCCAAGGAAUUGCUGAUAAUGAACACCUCCAUUGUUGGAGGAGUGGCAGCCCUGAUCAGUGGACUUGUGCAACACAAUCCCAUUCUAGAAGCGCAUGUUAUCCACUGGCUGACGAGCACGAACGGAGAGUAUGCUGGCCUCGGCCUCGACGCCCGUAGGGCCGUGAUUGCAACCUUGGCAGCGAGGCAGAGCAAACUUGAACAAGUUCUUGAGAGAAGCUUGGAGAACUUUGGGAAUAAAAUGCAAAUUCAGCGCGAUGCCAUCCUGCAGCAGGAGUCGACCGCCCAGAUCAUCAUGCUUGCUUUCGGCUACCUCAAUCGUUUGGAUCAUAGCGCGGCCAAGAAGGUAUCAAGUUCCGGCGUUUUCAUUCGGACAGUUUCCAAUCGACUUUCUGCAUCAAUACCUCGUGCCCGGCUUUUGGGGAUGAUAGUUGCAGUCGCAGUCUCGAGACUAGUAGAUGAGCCGGGAAAGGUCAUGAACUUUGGCGUCGAGGAGAUGGAAGGGGAGGAGGUGGAGCGAUGGUUGAAUUUGGUCAACAUACACGAUGCAGUGGGGAGUUUGGAUCAACUCCUAAAGAAAACGGCCGAGCCCUUGAAAAAGCGCCCAUUACAGGCCACGCCAAAACCUCUGCGUCGCAAACGUUUAGCAGCAGAGUCACGACCUCAAAGUUCUAAGAUCAUGGCCAUUGAAGAACUUCCUGAUUCAGACGGAGAAGAUUCGACUGGGGAAGAGGAGGAUCUACCCCCUUACCCGCCACCAGAUUCCGACCCUUCAGAUUCUGACGAAGAUCCUACACUGGUCAAUCGCAACAAACCCACCCCUCCUGUCUACAUCUCGUCUCUGAUCAAGCAGCUCAACACUGACAACGACCCUCCCGUUGUUGAACUAGCAAUCAAGACUGCUCCUUCGUUGAUACGUCGAAAAGCUAACUUUGGGGACGAAUUGUCAGCGAAUAUCUUCCAACUGGCUUCAUCUCUUGUCAAUUUGCAGGAAGGAAUGUCAAAAGAAGACUUGCAACAAUCCAGACUGGAAGCCGUGAUCGCAUGUCUGGUUGCAAAACCCAGGUUAAUGGGACCCUGGAUCAUUAGCACCUAUUUCGAAGGGGAUUUCUCUUUGGCAACACGUGCAACCCUCUUGACAGCAAUAUCUCUAGGGUCAAGAGAGCUGGCAGGAAUCGACGAUGACAUUGACAAUCCCUCUGCGACCAAAGGUCUACACGAACCCUCAUUCCCGUCGAAUCGAUUACCACCUCGUCUUGAACCGCACUAUUCCUCGGCACCGGUUGACACCAUUUCGACGAACUUGUCUUAUCGCACACUUCAGCCUAUGGCCCUACAAGCGGCCGACAAGCUGACUGGACCAGGUGUGCUCAAGGUCCGAACAUUCUCUUCGCGCAUGGAAGUCGCCGCCAAAACAGCGGCGAAGCUCGAAGCCCGGUCCAAACGCAUUCCAAAGGAUCUACACAAGCUUCUUGCCGAAGCACUGUAUCUACCAAUGUGUUCGCGACUAUCGCUUCUCCUCACCUCACUAGUCACAUCACCUUACCUGGCGAAUUCCACCCUCCUCCACCCCUCAUUGGUGAAGCUAAGCCUGCAAACACUCAUAAUCAUCAUUUCCACCAUAGGUCCUAACGCUCUACAACUCCCUGCGUUGACCCACGAAUCCCUUUUAAUGUUGACAACACUCCACACUCUUCCUGCUCUCGCACACGACCCAAUCAUCCUGCCUCCAAUUCUUCAUUUGAUCCUGACACUGCUGGAUCUCAAUAUCGAAGCUGGGAAAACUUCCGAGGAACGGCUGAUUACAGACUUUGGCCCCAUGUUUGCAGAAUUAGUGUCGUGGACUAGAAGCCUCGGAGAUCACGCUUCAAUCCCUGAAGUUGAUAAUGAUCCUGGAUUGGGAAUGGCAAUGCCCUGGUCUGUCCUUGCAGCAGGGAUACAGGUCAAGUGGCAGGAAGUUGGACGGAAAUUCCAGGACAAUAAACCUCCGACCACUGGAGUCGAGCCUACAAAAUCUGCUCCCGUUGCUGCAGAAUCGGCAAAUAUCACCGAAGCUACAGAUGAAUCCCUUCCGGCUGCGGUGAUCAAUGAAAAGCUCACAGCUGAGACCGGUCCUGCACCGACCGGUUCUGCGCCCGCAGUUGCAGAGACCGCCAAUGCAACCGAAGCAACAGAGGAGGCAUUGCCUGCUGCUGAGACGGGCGAAAAGUUGGCAGCUGAUGUAAAAUCUACACCUUCCCAGUCAGCGACCCUGAGCCAUGCUAGCAUGUUUGACCGGAAGCCCACACUAUACAUUGGCAACUUGUUCUUCGAUGUUACUGAAAGCGACCUCGUCAAAGAAUUCGCUCGUUUCGGACCUGUAACCAAGUGCAAGAUUGUUCGAGACAGCCGUGGCUUGAGCAAAGGAUUCGGGUAUGUCGACUUCUCAACACAAGAGGCUGCAGACGCAGCUAUGGAGCGUCUCAACAUGUCGCUCUUCGAAGGUCGUCGCAUCACAGUCCAGUAUGCUGCGCGCCCGAGCGGCGUACUUGACAACCAGAACGUCGAGCGCAAGCCGCUCAACCCUCCUUCGAAAACUCUCUUCAUUGGGAAUAUGUCCUUCGAAAUGACCGAUCGUGACCUCACGAAUUUGUUCCGUGGUAUCAGAAAUGUCAUCGAUGUCCGGGUGGCCAUUGAUCGACGCACCGGACAACCGAGAGGAUUUGCGCAUGCUGACUUCAUUGAUGUCAAGAGCGCCAUGGAAGCAAUGAAGGUGUUGCAAGAGAAGGAGAUCUACGGCCGGAGAUUGAGAGUCGAUUUCUCAUACUCGUCAGCGAACAGGGCUCCAAGGAACGAUCCGCCUGCUGAGAAUAACUAA